CAAUUGGUCGACAAGAAUACGUAACCUUUUUCUCUUUUUCUAAAACAGCAGUCAUGGCGGUGGGUAAAAAUAAGGGUCUUUCGAAAGGAGGCAAAAAAGGUGUUAAGAAGAAGAUUGUGGAUCCUUUUACAAGAAAAGAUUGGUACGAUGUUAAAGCACCGUCAAUGUUUGCAACGAGGCAAGUUGGAAAAACUUUGGUUAACCGUACCCAAGGUACCAAAAUCGCAUCUGAAGGAUUAAAAUUCAGAGUAUUUGAAGUGUCUCUGGCUGAUUUGCAGAAUGACCAAGACGCUGAGAGGUCUUUCAGGAAGUUCCGUUUAAUCGCUGAAGAUGUUCAAGGUAGGAACGUAUUGACCAAUUUCCACGGUAUGGACUUGACCACGGACAAGUUAAGGUCUAUGGUCAAAAAGUGGCAGACUUUGAUUGAGGCUUCUGCUGACGUCAAGACAUCCGAUGGGUACCUGCUGAGGGUAUUCUGCAUCGGUUUCACCAAUAAGGACCAGCUUUCCCAGAGGAAGACGUGUUACGCACAACACACGCAGGUCAGGGCAAUCCGCAAGAAAAUGGUGGAGAUCAUCACCCGUGACAUUCAAGGCUCCGACUUGAAGGAAGUAGUCAACAAACUACUUCCCGAUAGUAUCGCGAAGGACAUAGAAAAGGCAUGCCAGGGCAUCUAUCCCCUCCACGACGUUUACAUUCGAAAAGUGAAGGUGCUCAAGAAGCCGCGGUUCGAACUAUCCAAACUGUUGGAAUUGCACGGGGACGGAGGCAAAGGGGGAUCCGGGGAUGCCGGCGGCGAGGCCGGUUCCAAGGUGGACCGACCGGAAGGAUAUGAGCCUCCCGUGCAGGAGUCAGUCUAAGUUUUGUUAUGUAUUAUAUAAAAACUGAAAAGAAAAUAAAUAGGGUUGUAUCUAUAAUAAA